AUGCCGCUGCCCGAGUACAAAAUCGUCGUGAUGGGGGGAGGAGGCGUAGGAAAGUCCGCCUUGACGGUGCGGUACAUGCACCAGAUCUUUGUGCAGUCCUACGACCCGACGAUCGAGGACAGCUACCGGCGUAACAUGACGGUCGACGGCAUCACGGUCUCGCUCGAAGUGCUGGACACUGCGGGCACUGAGCAGUUCAUGUCGCUUUCGAACCUCUACAUGAGAUCCGGAGACGGGUUCCUCCUUGUCUUUAGCCUCACCUCGAUGGAGAGCAUCUCGGAGCUGCAAACGAUCCGCGAGCAAAUACAGCGUGUCAAGGAGGCGACGGCGCCACCAGGGAAGGCACAACGGGUCCCGUUGGUGCUCGUCGGGAACAAGCUCGACCUCCAGUCGGAGCGACAAGUCGGGCGCGAAGUUGCCGUCAACCUGUCCAAGUCCUGGGGCGGGGUCCCCUACUACGAGACGAGCGCGCGCAAGGAGAUCAACGUUAACGAGAUCUUCGAGGACGUCGUUCGACAAAUGAUCAAGGCAGAUCACGCCACACCACGACGGAACCGCUCGAACCGGCCUGCGAAGCGGAAGUGCACCAUUCUCUAG